AUAUCAACAUCAGUCAUGUCGAUUGUAUAGGAUUCCAGCGCCUUGACAGAUGCACACACACCACUGUGGUGACACGUCCCCUAUAUGACUAUCUCUGUCCCCACGUUGUGAUUGCCCCUCCCCCACUCCACUUUACCGCGCAGAGCCAGAGAGGGAAAAUCACUUUCAUCUGGAGAAGCUCGUCCGUUAACACGGGGCGGCCCAUCUGCAGGUCCCCGCUGUUCCUAAAAGAAAGAUUAAGGAUUUGAGUUGGCCUGACGGAGAGAUCUUCCAGGCGGCUCCGGCCCAUGGAGGAUGCAGAGCAUCACAUCAGAUCAAACAUUGAUAAACCAGUACUUUACCAGCGUUUUAUCAAUAUCUUUAAAGGACGGGGAGUUUUUGCCACUGAAUUCAUAUCCAAAGGAGACUUUGUUGUGGAGUACCGAGGUGAACUGCUUACACAACAGGAGGGCGAGGUCCGAGCUGAUCAGUACAAUGAUUCUGCAAAGGUGUUUCUUUUCCAUUUCCAAUGGAAAGGAAGAACAUGGUGCAUUGAUGCAUCUGAAGAAGACUCCUCCCUUGGGAGACUCGUUAAUGAUGAUCACAAAAGACACAAUCUCAAAAUGAAGGCCAUACAAGCAAACGAUGAGCCACACUUGUGCCUCUUCGCGACUCGAGAUAUUGUAGCUGGCGAAGAGUUGACUUAUAGUUACGGUGAUUCAGACUGGCCAUGGAGAACACAGGUCAUCAAAACUGAAUUGUCGUCCAGCCCAAAACCUAUGGUAAGAACUUUACUAAAGUCAUAGAUCAAUAUGAGUUUAUUUUUUUCUAUUAUCACAUUUACUAUUUCACUUUCACAAAUACACAUUUAUAGUCUAACAUC